GAAGCAGCAUAUUUGGCUUGCACACCAUGGACAAAACUACAUUUCCUCCCUGUAGUCAAAAUACCAGGCACGUUCUGCGAUCAAACGCACCGAUCGUCUUCCCAACAGCUCCCAGCGCGAACCUGUGCUCCCUGGCUUUGCCUGAUAGUCUCACGAGGGAAUUAUCAAUCCAUCUUGAUACAUACCAUUCCGUGUUAAACGCAGGCUCUAGUAUUGCUAUUGGCCGCGGACAGUGCCUUUUUGGCACUCGUGUCGGCGAGAUCAUAGCAACUCUCUUCAAGACAAAGGAGCCGACGGUUGUCAGAGGACCUCAAAUUAGCUGGACAUCACUCAUACUUGCAGCUGGCCCCAAUUACGAUGGUCCAAACCAGUUGACCAUCGGUGAUUCCGACCUUGAUCUUUCCCAAGAUGACCUUGACUUGAUUAAGUCUGGUCGGCCAUGGCGAUUUCUUUCUCCAUGGCCAGGAAAAGAUGACUGCCAAAGGGAGCUGCGUGCGAUCCACGUGACCCGCGAAGAACUCCGCGACACGAAGGAGAAAAUAGAAAAAGUCCUGCAAGAUAUGUCUGCGCUAGACCAAAAACUGUCAGUUUGGCACAAUGUUGUCACCCAACUCCACAAUACUGAGGAACGUGGGCCGCCGCAAUCUGAAUUAGGAUUUCUUGAUGGCUCUAUUGGGAUUGCGGACAAUGUUGAUGUCUCUGAAGACUCAGUUCGAGGAGAAAGUGGCCCAGGAGAAUCUUGUUGUGAUGGCUUGGAUGGUGAUCGAAAGCUGGAUACCUACUCAACUGAUCAAGUGAUUUCAUUGCAGCCGGCAAAUCUUGAUCAGCAAGAUCUACCCAGUGUAGCAUUCUCGGAUGAUAGCAGGAGCAGGAGAGAAUCCGAGGAUGAAUCACAAGUGACUGAUAUCCGCGAACCUCCAAAGCAUACCGAGCCUUUCAUUCAAUGCCUUAGCGAUGUGUUGGAUGAUUCACAGUUCAAAAAAGCAAUUUGCUGGUCCGAGGACGGUCGGUCCUUUACCAUACCGGCAGCGGAUGAAUUUCCUCCAGAAUUGCUUGCCAGAUUCAAUACACAGAGCUGUCAAUCCUUGGUUCGAAGAUUAUAUUACUUUGGCUUUCAUGCAUCUGGCGGGGUUUUUUGGCACGGGCAAUUUGUUCGAGGUCAAGCCAGUACGAUUUGUCCUUCCCGUCGUAGCAGCACUUCACCCAUCCCUGUCACCAAUACUCAACGAGGACCUCGGUAUAAGAUUAUUAAGAAAAGCCGCAGAAUCUAUUGAUGCUUCCGCUUAUCGACGCACUUAAUAGUGGUUUCAUUGAAACCCAUACUAAAUGCAAUUUAGGGGGGCCUAUUUAAGUUCAAUGGAUGGGCAGGAAUCUUCUGGAAGCAGGUGCAGUCAUGUCCAUCACCGUACUGAUGGACCAAAAAUGGCCCAGGCUUUAAAUGUCUUCUAAUGCACAUUGAAUCGAUAAGGACUACACAGGUUCUGAUGUCAUUGCUAUUAAAAGUUUUUACUUAUGAAACCGACUGAUUCAAAAUGUUUAACGCUAGCUCAGAUGAUCAAAG